UCGGGAUCGACAUUCGCACAUUGUUUGGGUGCAGAGAACGGAACACAACGGUCAACAGACGACGAUACGAUGGCGGAAGGGGACGGUGAUGAUAGUCCCAGAACACGAGCAGAUAAAUUGAGGAAUGUUUACAAUCAAAAGUACAAAGCUGAUGAAUUUGUGAAGAAAGGUGUUUAUGACCAGAGAGAUGUGGACAACAUUAAUUCAAAUGAUUUAUAUGUCAGUCAAUUCAUACGGAAAACAGAAACCAUUCAGGAUGCAGCUGACAGGCUGCAUGAAGCUUUGAAAUGGAGAAAAGAAAUAGGUGUCAGGGACUUGACAGAGGCAUCAUUUCCACAAGAGUUUUGGGAUAUAGGUGCCAUGUAUUUUCAUAAAACAGAUAAAGAAGGGCGGAAAAUUAUAUGGCUAAAAAUAGCAAAACACAAAAAAGACCCUAAUACACUUCCAUUGAUAAAGAAGUUCUUCGGCUUUUGUUUUGAGACUGCAUACAAUGAAAGUCCAGAGGAUGAACUAGUGCUGCUGUUUGAUAUGACAAACACAGGAAUUUCAAAUCUGGACAUGGAAAUGAUUAAAUUUGUCAUUACUUCCUUCAAAAUUUAUUAUCCUGCUUUACUUGGAUACCUUCUGAUCUAUGAAAUGCCAUGGUUGUUUAACGCUGCAUGGAAAGUUGUGAAAACCUGGUUAAGUCCCGAGGCCCAGAAGAAGCUGAAAUUUGUGAAUAAGAGUGAUAUACAGCAAUACAUAGCCAAGGAGAACCUACCGGAGCAUAUGGGGGGCACUGAUACAUUUGAAUACAAAUAUGUACCCUCAGAAGAGAGAGAAAAUGAGGACAAUCAAAAUAGUGAUGCAUCAAAGAAAAGGGUAACAUUUGCUGACCAGGAUUCACCUUUGUAUCAAAGCUUCAAUGCAGAUUCCAUAGAGAACAGUUAUGUCAGAGUGAAUAAGAGUUCCCUGAGUAACAUAAACAGGAACGCAGGUCCUGGAGGGGGAAAUCAAGAGGGAAACUCAUUCAUGGGCAGACUUCUUACCAUUAGUCCUGCAGAGGAACUAAGGUUUGUCACAGAUGAAGAUGGUAAAGACGCUCAUGAUGUCAUUUCCCUUAAGAACACGCUGCCAUAUCCCAUUGCAUACAAAGUAAAGACAACAUCACCAGAGAAAUACAAAGUUCGACCAAGUUCUGGCAUUGUGAAACCAGGGUCUAUAGAAAAAGUCUAUGUUUAUCUUUAUCAAGAACAUCAUCUUGGAGUGGACAAAGACAAAUUCUUGAUCAUGGCUGUAGAACUUAAUGGUGAUCCCCCUGAUAAUAUGUCUGAGUACUGGAAAACUGUUCCCAGGGAAAACAUCAUGGAUCAUAGGUUACGCUGUGUGCAAGUGAAGCGUUCGGACAGCAGAUACUCCGGUGACACGGUAUCCGUUCUCUCUGCUGAUGACCAGAUUACAGCCCUCAACUCCAAGGUAGACUCACUAAUGGAAGGCCACCUCGCUCUACAGAAAUCCAUCAGACUUCUGAUUCUGUUACAAGUGCUGACACUCGUUCUGUUCAUUGUGUUCAUCCUCUACACGUAUUUGUAUGCCAAUUCAGGACCACCCCAGGUCAAGGCCGAGGAGGGGCCACAGAACUCCUCCACCGCUGACCGCUACUGCUCAGGGACACUCUUCUAAACAAGACACCACCUAAAUCCCACCGAAUAUGUCAAAUUUGAUAAAAAUUGAGAACUUUAAAAUGAAAGAUUUUUUUUUAUCCAAAUGAAAAAUAAACCGAAAUUGGCAUGAUUCAAUUCAAGAAUGUUUUAGUUCAGAUGAAAAAAAAAUCACCCUCAAAAUUAGUUUGAUUUAUUGAUGCCUCUUUAGAAAUUAUUUUAAUGAAUAUAUGUUUAAAGCUUUGUGAUUUUCGAGAAAUUGCAAAUUUUUGGGUAAUGCUUGCAGGGUACAUAUUAUGUUAUGUACAUCUCACAUCUGUAAACAUUGCUUCGUUAUUUUUUACCUGGCUUUUAAGACAUAACAAGCUGUGAUAUUAUUUAAGCUGUUGUAUUCAUGUUGUUACGUUGCUCAAUUUGAUGAGAAAAAAAUAAAUAAAAAGAAGGUUC